UCAGGGAACUACUGCACUUGCCUUUCAACUCAGUCAACCCUUGAUGACCAAGACUACUAUUCAAAGCCAAACUUUGGCUCAAGAUGUGGAUCCCGAUCCUCAAAGCAGCCCAAACAGGACUCAGAAAACUAUAUUUCUGAAAUUGAAGCUAAGGGAGUUGAAGCAAACUUUGAUAAAGAAACAACUGAUGUCAUCUCUGAGCUCUUCGAUGGCUUUCUGGCCAUAGGAACUCUUGGUUCAGAAAACAUCAUCAGUGAGCCUGUGACACCAACAUUUGCCACGUCUGUGAAGAAUAUCACUGAGGAAAAAGCAGAGGUGACAGAGUAUGACUUGAAGCUCAUCAAUGAUGAACUAGAGAAAUUCCUUGAGGCUGAAGCUGAAGAAGGACAGAGCAAUGAAUCGUCCAGAAGAGACAGUUAUGUCAGCAUUGUUACACUUAGUGAGAAGCCAAUGGAAGGAGCCAGUGCUGAAGAUUAUGGAAAGAUGAUUGUAUGUCCACUGCAAGGAUAUCUAUUUGGAACUUCAAUUGAACUUCCAGAAACAACUGAGGUAAAGAAGGAAAAGGCAUCACUGGCAGAGCUGUUUCAUAGGACAAAGAUAGCAGAUGAGAUUUCCACAGAUAAAAGUGGGAAAGGGGAGAUGCAAGCCAAGAAAACUCAUAAAUCUGCCAAACAUCUCAUUAAAAAGAUGCUGAAAAAGCUUCAUGGUACUUCAAGAAGCCCUACCCCUUCUAAUAAAGAUACUGGUUCUGUUUCAACCAACAAGAAGCUCCAUAAGGUCAUACAGAUGUUCCACCGAAAAAUUCAUCCCGAAAACUCUAUAGCUGAAAAAGGGUUUAUUAAGUCCCAUACAAAAAAGAUCAACAGAAAUCCCCGUGAUGGCAGCAGUGUUAAUGGAGGUCUGAUGCACUCAGACAAAAACGACAAAAGCUUUCCUCAGGGAUCUAAGUCAAAGGAAGGGACCCAAUAUUACAUGACCAACAUAAAAUGGCCCCAAUAUGGCCUCAAAGGCAGUGCUUCAAGUGGAAAUAGAGAGCACUGGAUCAAAACAGAUGCAGACUACUUGGUGUUGGAGCUGUAGUGAUGAUGCUGAAGCAAAUCUUAAUAGCUGCUGUUCUUUCUGAGUAAGAAGUUUAUAUGUGGUGUUUAAUAAUA